AUGCACUGGCCUAAUCAGGAGACUGGAGUGGAAAUGGAUGAGAAUGUCAUCUCAAGUCAUGACGACUCACCUGACAAGGAGGAAAGAGCUGAAAAUAAUUAUCUGCGAAUUCAUGAGGAAACACUAGAGAUAGAGGUGUCGAUAUUUAUUUCGAGCACAAUAAUGGUGUUCACAGGUAGAGGCUGUGAUGCUGGCGAGAGUAGUAAAAACAAAACUCGAUUACGUCGUACGCAGAGUGUUACUCGAGUGCAGGAUGUAAAUGAAAGGGAAAAGAGAGAACGAGCUGUCCAGCCAGAUAAUCCGGUUCAUCGGCCAAAGGACUCAUUAUUAAGCUUUUCAAGUGGGUACACCAACUACAGAGGAUUGUUAAACUUAUGUAUUAUUCUUCUUGUUCUUUCCAAUACCAGGGUUGCCUUGGAAAAUAUCAUCAAGUAUGGGAUUCUGGUUGACCCUCUUCAAUGGUUCAAAGUGUUUAUGGGAAAGCCAGCAAACUGGCCAUCAGUACUGAUAGUAUUAAGUCUUAAUGUAUUUAUUCUUUUCACAUUUUUCAUUGAAAUUCUCUAUUCAAAGGGCAAGCUUCAUGAAAUGUGUGGUAGGCUAAUGAUAGUUAUCAGUCUUUCCAUUUUAAUCAUCUUUCCUGUUAUUAUGGUCUUCACAACAAAUAGCAACCCAAUUGGAGCAUCAGUUGCUCUUGGUUCUGUGAGCAUCACGUUUUUAAAACUUGUCUCCUAUCAUAUGGUAAACUUUUGGUGUAGAGAAAGCAGGAAUCAACCAGAUACAAGUCGUCACAAACGCCGUAGCUCAUUUGGCUUAACCGUGUCAACAACUGGAGGUGGAUUAAAUGGGCUGCCACUGGUCAGAUAUCCACAAAAUCUUAAUAUCAGAGAUAUUUAUUACUUUAUGUGUGCUCCCACAUUGUGCUACGAGCUGAACUUUCCUCGUUCAGCUGGUAUCAGGAAAAGAUUCCUCUUGAAAAGAAUAGUAGAAAUGAUUUUCUUGCUUCAACUAAUACUAGGGUUGGUACAGCAGUGGAUUGUCCCAAUCAUCAGAAACACCUUACAACCCUUAAAAGAAAUGAACUUAUCCCUAAUGUUGGAAAGACUUCUUAAACUCGCUGUACCAAAUCAUAUGAUAUGGUUGCUAUUUUUCUACUGGUUUUUUCAUUCUUGUUCAAAUGCUGUUGCUGAAAUCCUUCGUUUUGCUGACAGAGAAUUUUAUCGAGAUUGGUGGAAUGCAGAAACUGUUAACUAUUUUUGGAAAAAUUGGAAUGUCCCUGUCCAUCGUUGGGCAGUUCGGCACUUGUACAGACCACUUACUAAUAGAGGAUUUAGUAAGAAUCAAGCUUCAAUGGCUGUUUUUUUUGUCUCAGCUUUCUUUCAUGAGUAUCUAGUCAGUAUUCCACUGAAUAUGUACAGAAUCUGGGCCUUUUCUGGGAUGCUUGGGCAGGUUCCUUUUGCAAUGUUUGUGUCUCGGUAUCUUCACAACCAAUAUGGAAACAUGGCAGUGUGGAUUUCCAUCAUUAUUGGACAGCCUCUGUGUAUUCUGAUGUACUACCAUGACUACUACAUCAUUCACUAUGGAAGUCUGGAAGUAAUUUCGUGAAAAGCUACACAGAGUUUAGUUUCAUAAGUCUGUGCCAGAAUCCUUAAGUUAUUUAUGUUUGUUUCUGUGUAUUUAUUUUGUAGCAAGUACUACAGUUUCAACAGCUUUGAUUUUGAACAACUCCAAAACAAAUCAAGGAACUUUCAUUUUGUACAAUUGUACAAAAAAAUUUAUAAUGUUGUUUUAACUAUUGACAAUUUUGUUCCUUAGAUGAAACCAAAGUAACUUUUGUUUCUUGUGUGUGAAGCUUUAUUUUUAAAUUAGUUGUUAACCAAAUUUGUGCUGAUAAUUUGAUUAGCAUGGAUAGUAUUUAAGACUCCCUCAUGUUUUGCACUAAAAUAUGACACACACACACAAUUACUUUCAAAUGUGGCAUUUAUGUAUUAUUUCAUAUUUUUUUUUGUGAUAUCAUAGAUGUGGAUACUUAAGUUGGGUUUCAUAAACAAACUAAAACAACAAGUUUGAGAAAAGUCACUAACCUUUCUUCUGUAUAGCUAACUUUUAUUCACAGUGAGUACAUUCAAAAUUGUGGAUUUUUUCUUGAGAAGAAUCUUGAAAAAAAUAGAUAUAAAGUCUUUAGAAUUUUAUAAUUAAUACCAUUCUACAUUAUCAACUCCACUGAAGCUUAUUAGUUUUCUUUGCUAUUAUAAAGGAAAAAAUAUUCAAAGAUAUUUGGAAAUGUAUACUUCUGUUCUAAAUUUGUAUGUAAUUAUAGUCUGUUAUUUGCCAAGAACGAUGCACGUUAAAAGUGUGUGUAACAUCAAUAUAUCAAAGUAGAGUUUUUGGGAACUAAUAUAUGUCAGAAAUCAUAUACGUUAAAAUUUUUAAAAGAUACAAACUACGAAGUUAUUGAAACAUUUACCUUUGGAAUUACUUCCAAAGUUCGUUUUUGUAAUUAUAAUAAAAAAGCAACAAGAUGGAUGAAUGCCAAAAACUAGUACUCAAAAUAACUAGUCCUCUUUUUUUUUACUUUUAUUUUACAUUGUGAUUUUUUGUAUUAGUAAAACAUAUUGUUGUGUUAUAGAUUAUGAAAUGAGUUAAAAUAUAUUUAACCCUUAGGUAUUUUACACAUAUUUAACUUCCCUAUGCUUGUUCAAGCUAUUGCAAAUGGGAAAAACAAAAAGCUAUAAAUAUUUUAUUGAAGAAAUAUUUAAUUAUUCAUUCAUUUCCAAUUAUUAAAAUCACUAGGGAAAAAAACCUACUUGUAAAUUUAAUAGAUUGGGAACCUUUGUUAUUUGGCUGGAGUCCAUGUGGAUCCCACAUGAGUACUUUAGGGUUAAAAGCAUAUUUAUACAUAAAAAUAAUGUACAUAAAGGUUCAAAAUAUGUCUGAUGCACAUUCUGUAGCCUGAAGAGCUUUUUUUUUCAAUAAUGGUCAGUUAACAAAAAUUUGAAUUUAGGAUUUUAUUUUGAUAAAGAUGAAACUCUGUAAUACAACUUUUGGAAAUUUGCUUACCUUAUUAUAGUUUUAUGAGAGAAAAAAUUCAGUUGUUUCCUGAAGAAAUGUAAACUAAGCUAGUUUCUAAUUUUUAUAGCUUUACCUCUCAAAUACUUAUAAAGAUCAUUGUACUACCAAAUGCUUAUACAUAUCUUGAUUGUUAAAGAUACAAAUUUUGUAUUUAUAUUGACUUGAUGUGUCCAUUUUUUGUUAUUUUCAUUGAUAAAGUUUUGAAGUUAUACCAAAAUCUGUUUAAGCCAGAAAUUCCAUGUAAAUGCUUUGUAAUGAAAUUUAUUGUUCACAUAUGACAGCAUUUUAUACCAAAGUGAUAAAAAAGCAGUCAUUAAAAACUGUUGUUACUAUACAUUGACUUGUUAUAAAAUAUUUACAAGUAGGUACAUACAAGUGAACUGUAAAAAACAAUCAUUGAAGUUCAGCACAAUCCUCAAAAUAAUUAUAUUAGUUGCAUAAAAAUAUAAUUAUUUUGAGGAUUGUGCUGAACUUUUUUUACUAAACAAAUAAUUAAAUACACAUCAUGCAUGUUGUGCUGCGAGA